UCCAAACGAAUAAACACAAAAAUAACUUAUAUGAAACAAUAAUUAAACGAUUAGACAAAAACUUUAAUUAAAAACACUGAAAAUAAAUAAACAAAACUUAGAAAUUAAUCUCGAGUGAAAGGGAAUAAGCUUCUGGUCGAAAUAAAAUAAACGACGUCAAAAACCGUAAUAGAAUAAAGUAAAAAUAGAGAGAAACUCAAAACCGGAAGUGACCGGCGCUGAAAACUAAUAAGCGAAAAACGUACCAUUAAUUACGAUCUAAAUGGAAUUGACACCCUAUCGUCGACUCGAAUUAGAUAAAAUAAAGUAAAAACGAAAUUAAACGAUCGUUGUGACUUUGAUAAAUAGGUAAACACAAACCCGGAAGUGGCCGGCGGCCAAAAACAAUUAAUUUAAACGUAAAGACAACUUAAAGAAACGCAACGUUGACCUUGAACGAUGUAAAUUAACUGUAUUAGUUUAAGAAAAACGAGUAACGUAAAAAAAUAAUCGUUUAAACGCAAACGAAUCCCAUUGGCUACUGUACUGUCUACGUAGGAUUGUUUGGGAAAUUCGGAAAUCCCUAUAUAUCUAUACAUCAGCAGUUUAAAGCGUCAUAUCUCCACAGAUGAUCGAUAAUACAAAAAUGACCAAUGUGAAGUGCCCGCUGUGCGGAAAGUUGCUGGCCAACAUGAGUCAACACCUGCUGCACAAGCACGGUGUUGCCAACCUCCGGGAGAGGCAGCUCUGGAUGGCCUUUGCCCGGAGGAAGGUCACGAAGCCUUUCCAUCCGUGCCCGUUGUGUGGCCGUGUGUUGAAGCACAUUCGGCCACACCUCGCCAACACCCAUGCGGAACUCUCGGUCAAGGGGCUCGCGCGAGCUACCCGGGAGUUCCAAAUGGAUGUUACUGUGGAAAGGCUUCGUGACCUGGAGGCCAGCAACCCAGAGGUUCCGCUCGUCACUCUAGGAAUACUCUCCGAACAGCACGAUGACGAAGGGAUUCCUUCAGCUCCCUCCACCCCAGCCGCAGUGUCCUCCACGCCUCCACCCUUCAUCGCUCCAUCCUCCACCCCUUCACCCCCUCCGAGCCUGGGAACGAGUGCAGCCGUGGAGGACUUUGAGGUGGAGCUGGAGGAAUUCCUCGAGGGCAUUGACAUUCCGGGCGUGAGUUCAGAGGGUGGCCCACUCUUCGGAGAAACGCACCAAGCCACCACCGCUGGCCUCGCCAUGGAGGCUUUUCUGAGCGAAGAGCGGGUCACCCUCAGUACAGUUCAUGUCGACGCCUCCUUCCUCCGUAUGCUCGAAGAUAACUCGGGGGAUCCGCUGAUGUUCACGGAAAAUCAGUUUUUUAAAUGAUGUUUUAAAUGUUUAAUGUUCCGGUGAUUGGUUUUGAUGAUGUUUAGUUGAUUUUAAAUGAAGUGUUAUUUAUUGUUCCUAUGUUGUUUUUAAUAAAGUUUUAAAUGUUUUAAUCACGUGUUUGGUUCUUUCUGUAUAUUUUUCAUUGCAUGGUAAAUAACAUGCAAUAUCACUGUUUAACAACACGAAUGGAUGCAUUUCUCAUCCGGGUAAAGCAGG